UUUCCAUCGGAUUCGCAACAUCGCAUCUCCACCGUUGAAUCCGUACUCGGGAGAAAAUCGGGAACCUAUAAAUAUCUACAUCGCCCUGUCAUUUCAAAACCAUACGAGAUAACGCGUUUUCUUCUGAUCGUCUGCACCUCUCGCAGAAAAAGUCUAUUAGGUAUUUGUUGAUCAGUUUUCAUCUGUUCGCUGUAAGGGAAAAUGGGAGGCGGUAAAGACAAGGACCAAUAUUAUCAAGAUGGGUCGGACACUAGCGACAGAGGAUUUCUUUCAAACCUUGCACACGGGAUGUCUGGACAUCCUCCAGGACAUCACUCUGGAUACCCUCCACAAGGAUACCCUCAACAGGGUUACCCUCCUCAAGGAGGAUACCCUCCUCAAGGAGGAUACCCUCCUCAGGGAUAUCCCCCUCAAGGGUACCCUCCAGCAGGAUAUCCCCCUCAAGGGUACCCCCCGGCCGGAUAUCCGGGUUCAUCUGCUCCACCACAACACGGGCAUGGAGGCGGCAUGGGGUCGAUGCUAGCAGGGGGAGCUGCUGCUGCGGCAGCUGCUUAUGGGGCCCACAAACUCUCCCACGGUAGUCAUGGGGCCUAUGGGCACGGUGUUCCUGGGGCCUAUGGGCACGGGGUCCACAUGCCCCAUGGCGGCGGCAAGUUCAAGCACCAUGGCGGCAAGUUCAAGCACGGAAAGCAUGGGAAGUUUGGUAAGCAUGGGAAGCAUGGUGGUGGCAAGUUCAAGAAGUGGAAGUAAUUGGGGGUGUAGCCAAACACCUCUUCAAACUGACAGUUAUGCUACAUAGACUAUUUCUUUCUUAGUAUCUUUGUAUUUUUGGUACUUCACUAUGGCUAUACAUUUCAAAGACUUUUUUCAUGGUUUUGUGGUUUCUCUAAGACUCCUUUUGUACUUGCAUAUAUGAAUUGAUAAUAAUCCAAACAUGAAUGGUUCAUUUGUUGUUCUUUC